AUUUAGGUAACGUGAUCGCGAAGACUACCCUUAGCAUCACAUGCCCAUCACAUGCCCAUCACGAUAGAAUGUCGAUGAGCUUUUUACUUCAUUCUUCUUGUAGACUAUUAGCAACUACUCCCAAAAUCUCCCAAGCUGCAGCGCUCUACUCCUCGCCACCUUCGGCCGGGCACAUUGUAAUCUUCUGCGAGGUGUUGCACGCUAGCUCGGGUUGUUGCAGGAGGGCCCUUCUCUCGUCAAUACUUCUUCUAUUCACCGUCCAGUCAUUCAACUCGUCCAUUCGAUCAACCAUGUUUUUAAACUUGGCAUCCAAUCCAUAAUUUAUUCCAAAUGGCCACUUGCACGCCGCCCAUCGACUGUGGGGUCGCCAU